AUGUUACCGGGACUUCCUCCCUACGAUUGGUGGAAAGAUCCACCAGAUGAAGUUUUGCUCAAGGUCUACGUUUUCAACGUGACAAAUUCAAACGAAUAUUCCGAAGGAAGGGAUGAUUAUUUAAGGGUUGAAGAAAUCGGUCCGUUCGUUUUUAGGGAAAAACUCAAACACACGAACGUGACGUUUAAUAAUAAUGAUACUAUGACGUAUACGGCUCACAGAUCCGCGAUAUUCCUUCCGGAACUUUCUGGAAAUCUUAGUCUCGAUGUAAAAUUAAUAGUGCCUAAUUUACCUCUACUGGGAGGAGCGUCUUUUUUAUCAAAAUAUUCAUUUCUCACAAAAUUAGGUUUUAAUUUAAUUUUAAGAAGACUGAAUACGAAUCCUUUUAUCGAAAUAAAUGCAAAUGAUUACAUGUGGAAUUGGACGGAUCCACUCGUGGAUGUUGCCAAAAAUUUAAUGCCACAUUUAGUACCGGUAUCAAACGUCGGAAUACUCGAUACGAUUUAUAGUAAUUUCGUGGAUGAUGUUACGGUUUACAUAGGACCCGGAAACGAUAGGAAAUUUUUUAAAAUAGAUAAAUAUCAUGGUUCUAAUCGUUUGGGUUAUUGGCCGGAUGAACGUUGCGAUAGUCCGGUUAAUUCUUCCGAGGGAAUCGCAUAUCAUCAAUUUGUUAAUAGAAACGAUACUAUUAAAUAUUUAAGAAAGACUAUAUGUAGAGUAGCAUCACUUUAUUAUAAAAAAGACGUCGUUCAAGAAUCUAUGACUGCUUAUAGAUUCGAUCUUCCAAAAGAUAUUUUUCACAGGCCAAAUAAUUCAAAAGAUGAUUGUUUUACUCUACCCGGUGAUGACCCUUUACCCUCGGGUGUUGCCGAUAUAAGUCCUUGUUAUUAUAAUUUUCCAUUCGGUAUAAGUUUGCCACAUUUUUACGGUGCGACAGAUGAUCUCAUGAAAUAUUUAAAAGUUAAGGGUAUGAAGGCUGAUGAAAAAAAACACGGAAGUUACGUCAUCAUCGAACCGACGACUGGAAUCCCGAUGGAAAGCCGUGCUAGAAGUCAAUGUAAUCUUAUUGUUAAAUCAAUGUCCGGUUAUCCAGAUUUUUUACAAAAAUUUAGCCAUACAAUAAUACCGAUGUUUUGGCUCGAAUACGUAAGUUCGGAAAAUUCUAUUAAAAAAAUUUUCUUUCUUUUUAUUUUCAAGGGUCAAGUCGGUCUUCCGUGGUAUUUGAGUAGUUUGAUGUAUGCAAUUGUCAUUGUUUUACCUUCUACACAAUCCUACGUCUCUUUCGUAGUUUUAAUUUUGGGUUUUGGAUUUUUAUACUACGGUUAUUCUCAUCAUUUUUUAUACCUUUAUAGAAAUUUAGUUUUUAAAUAUCACGAAUUUAAAAAAUCUUAUUUUGGUUAUUUUAAAUAA